AUGUCGGCCAGCUUGGAGAUAAAAUGGAAUGGUAAACGAUUUCCUGUCGAGUUUCCCAGCGUCAAAGAAUUGGAGCAAACUACAGUGAAAGAGCUCAAGCAAAUCUGUGAACGCAUUACAGGUAUCAGUCCCAGAGACAUGAAAAUUAAUGCCUUUGGAGCCUUAAUGAAUAAUGACGAUAUGCCUUUGAGCGUGUACGGUCUUCGACCUGGUUGUUAUGUUACUUUAAAGGUUACUAAGCAUAAAAAAUCUGCUUCUCGGGAGGAGAAGCCUCAUCACCAUCAUGGCCAUAAUCACCACAAAGAAAUGCCCAGCAACAAACAGACUCAACGUGGUCCUCCUCCUCCUCCUCUUCCCAACCGAUCAACGCCCACAGCAUCUGCUGCAGCACAACCAUCGCCAGCACCAACACCACCAGCCGUAUCAACUCCAGAAUUGCAAGGCGAAGCAGUGUUGUUGGAGCAAUUGCAAAAGAUUCAAGAUAAAAUAGACAAGGACAUCACACCUCAAGUUAGAAAGUACGAAAAGACAGUAAAAGAGUUUUUGAACCAACCUACCAAGACGGACAAGGAGAAGAAGAAGCAAAUUUACAUGGGAGCAUACCUUGGUGAGCAGCUGAUGCAUGUUUUGUUUGAUUUAGAUGGAUUCGCUUGUGGGCCAGAUAACCUGAAUGCUCGUCAAGCUAGAAAACAGGCAGUAAAAAGCGCUCAGUCUUUACUAGACACUGUUGAUGAAAUCAAAUCUGUCGUCAAGAAUGUAGCUGUCAUCGACCCAAAAGAGGAAUAA